AUGGCAUCCGAAUCGCAGGUUGAUUCUGGAGACAGAUCUGAGCCUCCGCCUGCAAAAGACCCUGGUGGUCUUCUCACCUCCGAACACUAUUGGCGCGACCGCCAAGAAUGGUUGGAACAACGUGGCUACAUGCUUCGUCCUCGCUAUAGACCUGACUGGAAGCCGUCUUGGGAAGGAAAUAAGAAAGUUUGGUUCGUGUGCGAGGAUGGUUUAUAUCAUGAUCAUCCAACCGUCCUCGAUGCCAUCCGCAUUUCGGAUAACUCUGUAGUGACACUAAAGAAGAUAUCAACAACCGUGCAUCCACAUGAGAUAGAAAUUGCUCAAUAUCUGUCCUCUGAGCCUCUCUCGGCUGAUCCAGAUAAUCACUGCGUACCAAUUCUCGAAGUCCUCCAAGAUCCGCAUGAAGAAAAUGUCGCCAUUUUGGUGAUGCCUCUGCUGAGAGACUGCAAUGAUCCAGAAUUUCACACCUUUGGUGAGGUUGUGGCGUUCUUUCAUCAAUUGUUUCAUGGCCUGAGGUUCAUACACAAGCAGCGGGUCGCUCACUGCGAUAUAAUGGCAUUAAAUGUCAUGAUGGAUCCCAUGCUACUGUAUCCACGACUGUAUCACCCCAUUAACACGCACCGCAACCGUGAUCUCACAGGAAAUGCGAAGCACUUCACUCGAACUGAGCGUCCACCCAAAUACUAUUAUGUUGAUUUUGGACUUUCUCACAAGUACGAUGUGGACGUCAGCGACCCAAGGGUGCACCCAAUUCUUGGCGGCGACAAGUCAGUCCCGGAGUUCCAAGGUGAAGGAUAUAACCAAACAUGGAAUCCAUUCAAGACGGACAUAUACUACUUGGGCAACUUCAUUCGACAAAAUUUUCUCAAGCGAUAUGUCGGGUUCGAGUUUAUGUACCCACUCAUUGCUGACAUGGUGCAGCAGGAUCCCGACAAACGUCCGACAAUAGAGGAAGUUGUGGACCGCUUUGCAGAUGUACAAGCUCGAAUGUCGUGGUGGAAGCUGCGUAGUCGUCUUUUGCAACGGGAUGAACCUGCUUUAUUUUGGGGAUUCAGGAUUUUCGGCCACGUUUUUCGCACUGCAAAAUAUGUGAUCAAAGGACUUCCGCCAGUGCCGCUUCCUUCGUGA